GAUAUCUCAAAAGAAACACCAACUUUUUUAAAAAAAUGGCUUCUGCUUUCCCUUUAUCACCAGCAUUUGUAGCUGCUUUUCUUCUUGCUCUGAGCUGCUUUUGGUCCCUUCCUGAGUUUUCUGCUGCUGCAGCAAGUGGUGUUACAAGGCACUACAAAUUUGAUAUAAAGUUGAAAAAUGUGACUCGGCUUUGCCAGACAAAGAGCAUUGUGGCUGUGAAUGGGAAAUUCCCUGGUCCUAGAAUUAUUGCUAGAGAGGGGGACAGGAUUUUGGUUAAGGUGGUCAAUCAUGUUCAGAACAACAUCAGCCUCCAUUGGCAUGGGAUCAGACAAUUGCAGAGUGGAUGGGCAGAUGGGCCAUCAUAUAUCACACAGUGCCCUAUUCAAACUAACCAGAGUUAUGUGUACAACUUCACCAUAACUGGCCAAAGGGGAACUCUCUUCUGGCAUGCUCACAUCUCAUGGCUAAGAGCUACUGUCUAUGGACCCCUCAUUAUCCUCCCUAAGCACAAUGCUUCCUACCCUUUUCCCAAACCCCACAAAGAAGUUCCCAUCAUUUUUGGUGAGUGGUGGAAGGCUGAUCCAGAGGCUGUUAUUCGCCAGGCUCUUCAGACUGGAGCAGGUCCAAAUGUCUCUGAAGCCUACACAAUUAAUGGACUUCCAGGGCCAUUGUACAAUUGUUCCAAAAAGGACACUUUCAGGCUAAAGGUGAAGCCAGGCAAGACCUACCUCUUGCGUUUGAUCAACGCUGCAGUCAAUGAUGAACUGUUUUUCAGCAUAGCAAACCACAGCCUGACAGUAGUGGAAGCAGAUGCUCUUUAUGUCAAGCCCUUCAAGACUGAUAUUUUGCUCAUCACUCCAGGCCAAACCACCAAUGUGCUUCUCAGGACAAAGCCAAGCUACCCAAAUGCCACUUUCCUCAUGCUUGCUAGGCCUUAUUUCACAGGCAUGGGCACUUUUGACAAUUCCACUGUGGCUGGAAUCCUUGAAUAUAAAAACCCUUCAAAUCCCUCUGCCUCCACUUCCCUAAAAAACCCUCCUCUUUUAAAGCCAACCCUUCCCCAAAUCAAUGCCACCUCAUUUGUUGCAAAUUUUUCAGCAAAAUUCAGGAGUUUGGCUAAUUCCAAAUUCCCAGCCAAUGUGCCGAAAACUGUCCAAAAACGCUUCUUCUUCACAGUAGGCCUUGGAACCAACCCAUGCCCCAAAAACCAGACAUGCCAAGGGCCUAACAACAGCAGCAAAUUUGCAGCUUCUUUUAACAAUAUUUCCUUUAUUCUUCCCACAACAGCCCUCCUUCAAUCUCAUUUCUUUGGCAAAUCCAAUGGAGUUUUCACCACAGAUUUUCCCACCAAUCCUCUCCAGCCAUUCAACUACACAGGCACUCCAUCCAACAACACCAACACCAAUGUGAGCAAUGGGACAAAAGCGGUGGUGCUCAAGUUUAAUACUAGUGUGGAAGUGGUGCUUCAGGGCACUGGCAUUUUGGGUGCUGAGAGCCACCCUGUCCAUCUUCAUGGCUUCAACUUCUUUGUUGUUGGACAAGGUUUUGGAAACUUUAACCCUAACAAAGACCCUGCCAGCUUCAACCUUGUUGAUCCUGUUGAAAGGAACACUAUUGGAGUGCCUUCGGGGGGUUGGGCGGCUAUCCGAUUUCUGGCGGACAAUCCAGGGGUUUGGCUACUGCACUGCCACUUUGAUGUCCAUUUGAGUUGGGGACUAAGGAUGGCAUGGGUAGUCCAGGAUGGGAAGCUCCCUAAUCAGAAACUGCCUCCUCCACCGUCGGAUCUUCCCAAGUGUUGACCGUUGAUUCUUUUUUUCGGAUACAAUGAGGCUCCUUAUACAUUUAUCUCUCUGUCUUUUUUUCUUUUGGUAACUUAAAUUUUUUGUUUUCAUUUGCGCCCUAUAGAGUAGCCAAAGGCUUGCAACAUUUGGCACCAUCCCCUGAAAAUGGAAGGAAAUUGUGGAGAUUUUGUGUUAGCCGGAACAUUGAUGCUUUUGUUGGAAAUAAAUAAUAAUGCAAUUUUACAUUGAUA